ACUUGUGAUAUAUGGGUCGUGUUGUUGGGAUAGGAAGACGAGGAUGUUGGUUUGCAGUUUCUGUUUUGUGUGCAUUACUUUUUACAACAUUUGGUUGUGAGAAGUGCAAUAUGUAUGAAGGGAAAUGGGUUUACGACAAGUCGUAUCCAAUGUAUGAUUCUUCGAAAUGUCCUCACAUUCGAAAGGAAUACGAUUGCAUCAAAUAUGGUCGCUCUGAUUUAAACUACCUCAAGUUUAGAUGGCAGCCAACACAUUGCAACUUGCCCAGAUUCGAUGCCGAUAAAUUCUUAACAAAAAUGAGUGGGAAGAAAAUAAUGUACAUUGGAGAUUCGAUUAGCGGAAAUCAAUGGCAGUCUAUGGUAUGCCUUCUUCAUGCUGCCUUGCCACCACACGCCAUUAUCACUGAAAAAACCGUCGAUUCAACUACAACAGUCACAUUCGAGGACUAUGGAGUUUCGAUAUCGGUUUUCUUGUCCCAUUACUUGGUUGAUAUUGCAGAAGAAGAAGUUGGUCGGGUUUUGAAACUAGAUAGCAUAACGGAUGGAGAUGUAUGGAAGGAGAACGACGUUUUGGUCUUCAAUACUUGGCUUUGGUGGUAUCGAGAAGGAGAAAAACAACCAUGGGAUUAUAUCAAAAUUGGUUCAAAAAUACUAAAGGACAUGGAUAGGAUGGCUGCUUUUCGCAAGGCUUUAGAGACUUGGGGGAAUUGGAUAGAUUCAAAUAUAGACACAGAGAAAACCAAAGUGUUUUUCCAAGGAAUUUCUCCUUCCCAUUACAACGGAGAAGAAUGGAACAAGCCAGGGGUAACAAAUUGUGCAAAAGAAACGGACCCGAUACAAGGAUCAACAUAUCUAGGAGGCGUGCCAAUGGCAGAGAUGGUGGUGGAGCAAGUAUUGAGUGGCAUUAGAAAGCCAGUGUCAUUGCUAAACAUAACAAGAUUAUCACAAUUGAGAAAAGAUGCACAUCCAAGCAGUUUCAAUGCUUUCAAGGGAAUGGAUUGCACACAUUGGUGUGUUGCUGGCCUUCCAGACACAUGGAACCAGCUUCUGUCUGCUGCCCUUGUUUGAACCCAAAUUUUAGAAUGCUUUAGUAUAUCCAGUAUUGUCCAAAUAUUCUUUUUAGAGAAAUUACAUAUAGUUCAUUGAUUGAAAAACUUGGAUAUUGAUCAUUGAAGUACUUUUAUGAUCAUGUCAAAAGUUUUACAUAAUGUUUUUGAGUCCGAAGAAAGAAAGAAAAAACCUAUUAUAUA